AGCAGCACUGUUAACUGAUUAAUUUUGAAAAAAAAUUUUUUUCCAUGACAGUAUCCCUUUAAGUAGUACUAACUAAUGCUCAGAUUGCAUUAAUAAACUUGAAAAAGACAGAUGUUAUUUAGUCUGGUGCUGAAAUAGUGAAAACUUUAUGAAUAUACAUUUAAAUGGGAUUUGUCAUCGCAUAUAGAAACUUGUUCUCUCUAUGCUCCAUCUUUUAAGGACUGAUCGAGAGACAGCAAUGUGAUCAGGAUAUACAAAAGAAGAUUAUAAAGUUUAAUGAAGCUCUAUUUUAUUCUAACACAUAUUUAUGUCAGUUUAAACAUUAACAAACUCUUGAAUCAGCAGACAUGGCAAUUAUCCUUUAACUGGGCUUUUAUACAAAUCCCGUCUUUGUAUUUAUGGCAUGAAUAAUGUCAUACAGAUAACUUGGAGGCUUAUAUUAGAUGAAUGUCUUCCUUAGUAGGAGUGGAAUGCUUUAUAGUGGUUUUACAGAUAUAAAAAAGAUUUAUGAUGUAUAUGUGAAGAGGCUGUGGGGAAAAAAAGCAGGAAACUGUCUCCUGCAGAAACAGGCUGGAUGGAGUGCUAGCUAAUUGUUUGCAAGAGGCAUGCUGGAUAUGUUGUAAGAGCAUCUGUGCACCUCCUGUUGUCACAAAUUGGCCAGGUCAGUGAGCAAAGCUUCAUGUAGAUUUGUUGAAAAACAGUGCAAGGCAAGAAGAAGGGAUUAAGGGGUAUGUUAUUAUUGCAUAUAUUAUAUAUUAUUGUAUAUUAUUUAUUGCAUAUCCUAUGCCUAGCAAAUUUGCAAUUAGUCUUCAUUAUUUACUUGUUAUAUUUUUUAUUUUGCAUUGGGCAAGGUACAUUUUUAGGACUGAAAUCAGCAGAAAUUCAGUGCCAACCUUUUCAGAAGGAAACCACAACACUAACCAUGUGUCAUCUGUAAUCCAGUGUCUGAUUCAGAGGGACAAGCAGACAAUCCUGUCUAUAGAUCUCCAACACAAGGCACAAGCUGGACUGUGACAAACACUCCUGCAAAACACACAAAAACACACCAGGGAAUUCUGCUAUGAUGGAUUACAUAUUUUCACGCUUAAAACAAUCUAGACCCAACGCAGAAGUAGCAUAAGAAUCAAUUGCCGACUUCAUGAAUCUAGAUAAUGGAGCAGCCCAUUAAAGAGGGAGGUCCAAAAGGUUCUGAACCUAUCCUGAUGGAGAAGACAAAUAAUGACUUUGUGAUUACAGUUCCAAGGGUGAAUGAAACCCAACUGACAGCAGCAACAGGAGGAGCAGAGCUCUCAUGUUACCGCUGCACUAUCCCCUUUGGAGUGGUUAUACUUAUAGCAGGAGUGGUAGUCACUGCUGUCGCAUACAGUUUUAAUUCUCAUGGAUCCAUUAUCUCUGUAUUUGGGCUGGUGCUUCUGUCUUCUGGACUACUUUUGGUGUGCUCAAGUGCCCUGUGCUGGAAAAUAAGGCAGAGGAAAAAGAGGACAAAUAGGAGAGAGAGCCAAACAGCCUUGGUGGCAAACCAUCGGGGUUUAUUCACUUAAGACAUAUCUACAGAACAUGUAGAAUGAUAUUUCUUAAAUAGCUUGGAUCAGCAAAAUAAGUUGUGAAACAAUCGACAGGUUUGGAAUUGUAUCAUGUUGCAAUGGUUUCUUUGAAGAUGCCUUGAGACACGGAAAAGAUAUAUGAUUCAAAUCAGUCAUGUGGUAGCGUUGCCUAGCAUCCCUUGAUCACUCAUGUGAUAAACCAGUCUAGAGUUCCUUGUCCAAGCAAGAGUUUCUUAAAUGUCUAAGACUAAAAUACAUUAAAUUACAUGCAUUGAAUUACAUGCAUCAAAUAUGCAGUACAUGCUACAUAUGUCAAACACUAAACCAGUGAUCCCCAACCAAUGGUUUUUGAGCAACAUGUUGCUCACCAACCCUUUGGCUGUUGCUCCCAGUGGCCUAAAAGCAGGGGCUUAUUUUUGAA